CAAAACCUAAAGGAAUCAAAAUUGGAGACGACAACACAAAUUCUCCAUGGCGACGAAGCUAUUAUCUCUCACAUGCAUACGGAAAGAGAGAUUCACCGAGCGUUACCCCGUGCUGCGGAAGCACCUAAACCGGUCUCGCGGUGGCGAUGGAUCACCGUCGGAGACGGCGGUGCUUAAGAUCGACGACGAGGAGGCGGUUUCGAGAGCGGUAUUCCGCGUUUUGGGGAUGACAUGCUCGGCAUGCGCUGGAUCUAUCGAGAAAGAGAUCAAGCGUCUCCCUGGAAUCCACGAAGCUGUUAUCGACGCUCUGAACAAUCGGGCUCAAAUCCUGUUUUACCCUAGCUCCGUCAAUGUGGAGACAAUUCGUGAAACUAUUGAAGAUGCUGGAUUUGAAGCAUCACUGAUUGAAAAUGAGGCGAAUGAGAGGUCUAGACAAGUAUGCAGGAUAAGAAUAAACGGUAUGACUUGUACCUCAUGUUCUUCAACCAUCGAAAGCGUACUGCAAUCAGUUAAUGGUGUACAAAGAGCUCAUGUUGCCUUAGCAAUUGAAGAAGCUGAAGUUCAUUAUGAUCCCACGCUUCUGAGCUAUGAUAAAUUACUGGAAGUGAUAGAAAAUGCUGGAUUUGAAGCCGUACUUAUAAGUACGGGUGAGGAUGUGAGCAAGAUUGAUUUGAAGAUUGAUGGUGAGUUUACCGAUGAAUCAAUGAUGAUGAUUGAAAGAUCGCUUGAAGCACUUCCUGGGGUUCAGAGUGUUGAGCUCAACCAUGGAAGUGAUAAGAUAUCUGUCUUGUACAAACCCGAUGUGACGGGACCAAGGAAUUUCAUUCGUGUGAUAGAGUCUACUGUCUUUGGUCAUAGUGGUCACAUCAAGGCAAGAGUCUUUUCCGAGGGAGGGGUGGGCAGAGAGUCUCAGAAGCAAGAGGAAAUCAAGCAGUACUAUAAGUCGUUUCUCUGGAGUUUGGUAUUUACGGUACCUGUGUUUUUGACAGCCAUGGUCUUUAUGUAUAUCCCUGGAAUUAAACAUCUGCUGAUGUAUAAGGUCAUUAAUAUGCUCACCAUUGGAGAGACUAUAAGGUGGGUUUUGGCUACUCCUGUCCAGUUUAUCAUCGGUUGGAGAUUCUAUGUUGGCUCUUACAAGGCUUUACGCCGUGGAUCAGCUAACAUGGAUGUUCUGAUUGCUCUGGGAACAAAUGCAGCCUAUUUCUAUUCGUUAUACACAGUUUUGAGAGCUGCAACAUCUCCUGAUUUCAAGGGCGUAGAUUUCUUUGAGACUAGUGCCAUGCUCAUUUCCUUUAUAAUACUAGGAAAGUAUUUGGAGAUUAUGGCUAAAGGAAAGACAUCUCAAGCGAUCGCAAAGCUUAUGAACUUGACACCAGACACUGCGAUAUUGUUGACUGUGGACGAGGAAGGGAAUGUGACUGGUGAAGAAGAGAUUGAUGGUCGAUUGAUACAGAAGAAUGACGUGAUCAAGAUCGUUCCUGGUGCUAAAGUAGCUUCGGAUGGCUAUGUCAUAUGGGGACAAAGUCAUGUGAAUGAAAGUAUGAUUACUGGAGAGGCCAGGCCGGUGGCAAAGAGAAAGGGGGAUACAGUAAUAGGAGGCACUUUGAACGAGAACGGUGUUCUACAUAUUAAGGUUACAAGGGUUGGUUCAGAGAGUGCUCUUGCACAGAUUGUUCGUCUCGUUGAGUCCGCGCAGCUAGCUAAAGCUCCAGUGCAGAAGUUGGCUGAUCGAAUUUCCAAGUUCUUUGUUCCUUUGGUAAUUUUCCUCUCGUUCUCAACUUGGCUUUCCUGGUUCUUAGCUGGGAAACUGCAUUGGUACCCUGAAUCUUGGAUCCCUUCUUCUAUGGAUAGCUUUGAACUAGCUCUUCAGUUUGGAAUCUCUGUCAUGGUCAUAGCUUGUCCAUGUGCUCUUGGGUUAGCUACUCCAACCGCUGUUAUGGUUGGCACUGGGGUUGGUGCAUCCCAAGGUGUUCUGAUAAAGGGUGGUCAAGCUCUAGAGAGAGCACACAAGGUAAAUUGCAUAGUAUUCGACAAAACAGGAACUCUCACAAUGGGGAAACCCGUUGUUGUUAAAACUAAACUCCUGAAAAACAUGGUACUUCGAGAAUUCUACGAACUUGUAGCUGCAACUGAGGUAAACAGCGAGCAUCCAUUGGCAAAGGCCAUUGUUGAAUAUGCAAAGAAGUUCAGAGAUGACGAAGAGAACCCUGCGUGGCCCGAAGCUCGUGAUUUUGUGUCUAUCACUGGAAAUGGAGUGAGAGCGACCGUUAAUGGAAGAGAGAUCAUGGUGGGAAACAAAAACCUUAUGUCUGGUUAUAAAAUCGCUAUUCCGGCUGAUGCUGAGGAGUUGCUAGCAGAAGCUGAAGAGAUGGCACAAACCGGAAUUCUAGUGUCUAUUGACAAUGAGUUAACUGGAGUUCUGGCUGUUUCAGAUCCUGUAAAACCGAGUGCUCGAGAAGCCAUCUCCAUUCUAAAAUCCAUGAAUAUCAAAAGCAUCAUGGUAACUGGUGACAACUGGGGAACUGCAAAUUCCAUUGCUAGAGAAGUCGGUAUUGACUCUGUUAUCGCAGAAGCUAAACCCGAGCAAAAGGCAGAGAAGGUCAAGGAACUACAGGCUGCUGGUCAUAUUGUGGCAAUGGUUGGAGAUGGAGUUAAUGACUCGCCUGCUCUUGUGGCAGCAGAUGUAGGAAUGGCGAUUGGUGCAGGAACCGACAUUGCCAUAGAAGCAGCUGAUAUUGUCCUGAUGAAAAGCAACUUGGAAGAUGUGAUCACAGCCAUUGAUCUUUCAAGGAAAACGUUCUCAAGGAUCCGUCUCAACUACGUAUGGGCUCUCGGGUAUAACGUCAUGGGUAUACCUAUUGCUGCAGGGGUGCUUUUCCCAUCUACCAGGUUUAGGUUACCUCCAUGGAUUGCAGGUGCUGCAAUGGCUGCUUCAUCUGUUAGUGUUGUUUGUUGCUCUCUCUUGUUGAAGAACUACAAGCGGCCGAAGAGGCUUGAUAAUCUGGCCAUCCGUGAGAUUCAAGUGGAGCGGGUUUAGAAAACGGAAACCAAACCGAUACUUGGCUAUGUAAUUUGAUAAACCAACAAUCGGUACUAUAAAUUUCGACAUGCUUUGUGUUUGAUUCGUAUAAUAAGAACUAGCUGUGUGUGAGAAAUUUUUUAAAUUUAAAUCAUAUUUAAUGAUAGGGC